ACUUCUUGAAUAUUCUCGGGUUGCACAACACAAUUUACACAAGCGGCAUAGACACGGACACAACAUGUGGCGACUACAGCUGUUCCUCAUACUAUCCACCUGCUUUCUCAUACCCCUCGAGGCAAAGCCGACAACCAUCACUCGCUUAACUCAUACAACAACAACAGCAGCAACAGCAACAACAGCAACAACAACAGCAACAGCAACAAGGCAGUCCAAUCACAUAGGACGUCUGGCGGCCAAGGAUCUGGCUGAUCUGCUUAUGGCCAGCAUGCAGGCGCGUGGCAUUAAGUUGACAUCGAAACAGGAGUUGACGGUAAAGUCUCUGCGAGACAUGGAAUCAAUGGAGCUACAGGAUGGUGUCGUACUGAUGCAACUGGGCAUGGAUUUCAUCAUUGAUGUGCUGAUCGGCAGCAAUGCAAAUGCCAGCUGCGAUCGUGUCAUCAAGGACAUUAAGAACUCAAAGGAUAAGAAUAGUUUGACGCUUAGCCUGAAAUCAUUCAUGGCCCUGUGCACCUUCAACAACAUUGAGUGCUCACAGAAGCAUGUGGAGCAAAUGAUCCAGAGUACGACGGUAUCCAAACAGAGCGAUACAGGCAUACUGGGUAGUCGGAAUACACGUACGGCCCUCGAGCAGGCUGCGAAAACACCCAACAUUAGAGGCGAUCGGGACGCCAUUACCAAUUUUCUGCAGGCCCGGACUUUGCCCGAGCUGAAAGCCAUAUUGAGUACACUUUUGCAGGUGUGCGGUGCAUCCAGUCUGGAGACACAGAACAUUGUACAGAAUAUGAUAGAAAUGGGUCCCAAGGACAGCGGCAAGAAAAAUGGCAUCAGUCUGCUGCAGAUUAAUGCCUUCAGCACUCUAAUUAACUCCCUGAUGGAUAGCCUGACUUCCAUUGCCCAUGGCAACAAGAGCGGCUUCUGUGCAGCUACACCUGACAGCUGGAUUGUGCGGUUAAUAAACAUGGGUGUGGCUAAGGUCAUUAUUAUGAGUUUGAUGACGGCCCUCGAUAGAUCGCUGCCUCCCUCGCCCAACUCGCUCAUUCUAAUUACAGAGAAAGGCAACGCUAUGGCCAAUUUGGUGGACGCCGAUGUGCCACUUAGCAAGGGCGCACCCACAUCAAAACGUGCCAGUGGCCUCCUCCCCAAUAUUGGCAACCUAGGAGGCAAUACAAUUACAUCUGGUCCCAAAAAUAUCAUUGACGGAAAUAACAAUGUCGUUACGCAACUUGUUAGUGCUGAUGUUCCCGUGGCAGCCGAUGUUUCCGCAUUGACCAAUACCUUCGGCUCAGUUGAAGGUGCAAAUGCCAUUGGCGGUGUCGGCGGUGUUGGUAAUUCUGUACUCCCCUCCGGAUCUUCUCGCUCUCAAAAUAUUGCAAACAAUCUGGGCAAUACCAUCAACAUGGGUCCAAAAAAUAUAAUUAGAGGGGAUGGCAAUACUGUGGUUAAGGCAGUUGAUGCUGAUAUUCCCAUUGCGGCUGGCGUUGGUCUUCUCAAUACAGUAACAGGCGUAGUUAAUAGCGGCUCUACAGGCAAUGCUGGUAACUCUGGAGGUGGUAAUGGAGGUGGCCAUAGUGGUGGCCAUAGUGGUGGCCAUAGUGGUGGCCAUAAAGGUGGACAUAGAGGUGGACAUAGAGGUGGCUCUAGAGGUGCUAUUGCUAACCAAGGUGGCAAUACCAUCAAUAUGGGUCCAAAAAAUAUUAUUAAAGGAGACGGCAAUACUGUGGUUAAGGCAGUUGAUGCUGAUAUUCCUAUUGCGGCUGGCGUUGGUAUUCUCAAUACAGUGACAGGUGUGGUUAAUGAAAACUCUGGCGGCUCCGGUGGCUCCGGUGCUGGUGGUGUUUUGGGCGGUGGUGCCGGCGGUCUUUUGGGCGGUGUUGUUGGUACUGUCGGUGGUGUUGUAGGCGGCGUUGUCGGUACUGUCGGAGGACUUUUGGGCGGCGGAGCAGGUGGUGUCUUGGGCGGUGCUACCGGUGGUGCCGGUGGACUUGUAGGAGGAAGCACUGGAGCUGCUACUGGCUCUUCUCGCUCUCAAAAUAUUGCCAACAAUUUAGGCAAUACCAUUAACAGGGGUCCGAAAAAUGUGAUUCAUGGUGACGGCAAUACUUUCAUAAAUGCAGUUGAUGCUGAUAUUCCCGUUGCGGCCGGUGUUGGCAUUCUGAAUACAGUGACAGGCUUGGUUUCUAGCGGCUCUAGAGGUGGCUCAGGAGGUGGCUCAGGAGGUGGCUCUGGAGGUGGCUCUGGAGGUGGCUCAGGAGGUGGCUCUGGAGGUGGCCACAGUGGUGGCCAUAGUGGUGGCCAUAGUGGUGGACAUAGAGGUGGCUCUAGAGGUUCUAUUGCUAACCAAGGUGGCAAUACCAUCAAUAUGGGUCCAAAAAAUAUUAUUAGAGGAGACGGCAAUACUGUGGUUAAGGCAGUUGAUGCUGAUAUUCCUAUUGCGGCUGGCGUUGGCAUUCUCAAUACAGUGACAGGCUUGGUUUCUAGCGGCUCUAGAGGUGGCUCGGGAGGUGGCUCAGGGGGUGGCUCAGGAGGUGGCUCAGGAGGUGGCUCAAGAGGUGGCCAUAGAGGUGGACAUAGAGGUGGCUCUAGAGGUUCUAUUGCUAACCAAGGUGGCAAUACCAUCAAUAUGGGUCCAAAAAAUAUUAUUAAAGGAGACGGCAAUACUGUGGUUAAGGCAGUUGAUGCUGAUAUUCCUAUUGCGGCUGGCGUUGGCAUUCUCAAUACAGUGACAGGUGUGGUUAAUGAAAACUCUGGCGGCUCCGGUGGCUCCGGUGCUGGUGGUGUUUUGGGCGGUGGUGCCGGCGGUCUUUUGGGCGGUGUUGUUGGUACUGUCGGUGGUGUUGUAGGCGGCGUUGUCGGUACUGUCGGAGGACUUUUGGGCGGCGGAGGAGGUGGUGUCUUGGGCGGUGCUACCGGUGGUGCCGGUGGACUUGUGGGAGGAAUCACUGGAGCUGCUACUGGUUCUUCUGGCUCUCAAAAUAUUGCUAACAAUUUAGGCAAUACCAUCAACAUGGGUUCCAAAAAUGCUGUCUUGGGCAACAACAACAAAAUUUUAUCCCUAGUUGAUGCAGCCGUGCCCGUGGGUCUCGGUGUAGGCUUGCUCAACAAUGUUGUGGGCGCUGUUACUGGAGGAGGUGGUUCUGCGAAUGACAUUCAAGUGGUUGAUCGACACGGCAACCUACUCAUGAAGAUCAAGGAUGAUAACGCCAGCGGCUCUGUUGGCAAUGACUUGUCCCAAACCAUUAACAGAGGUCCCAAGCAAGUCGUUAUGGGCGACGGAAACACAGUCUUGAAGCUGGUCAAUUUGGAUGUGAAUGCGCUGGCUAACAUAAAUCUGGCUAAUGCCAUCAGAGGCAGCAGCGGCGCCUGCAAUGGCAUCGCCAAUAAGUUUGGCAACGAGCUAAACACUGGACCGGACAGUGUGAUUGAAGGUAAUCAGAAUACGGUUGUGACCUUGUUAAAUCUCGACCUGAGUUUGUUAGCCGGUGUGAGUGCAUUGAAUACGGUGAUUGGAGAAGUGGGCAAUGAUUGUCCGGAACCGACGACUCCCGAGCCUCCGACGGAUGAGCCACCAACUGAUGAGCCACCAACUGACGAGCCACCAACUCGUUAUCCACCUACUCCAACACCACCAACACCACCUACACCAACACCACCCACCCCAACUCCACCAACCCCAACUCCACCAAACCCCAAUAAGUGCUAUCGUCGCUACUGUCGCAAGUGGCGAACUCGUCCCAAUUAUAUGUGCCGCCAUAAAUGCGGCGGUCCGUUCGUUUACCGGCCCUAAAUGACUCGGACUUCAACCGAAGUCUGACGUGAGUUGUUUGAAACUUUCCAAUCUAACUUGUCUCUUUCCCCAAGCACCUGUUAUGUAAUAUCGUAAAGCUUGCACCUAUUUAUUUUACUAUAGUUUACCUAUUUUAUAAGUGAACUUGUUCAAUUUGCUCGAUGUAUUGAAAUACAACUGAAUUAUUUAUUAUAA